UUUGAAGGCUAAAGCUAUGGAGGGAAAAGUACAUGACUUUCUACAUGGAACACUUGAAGCUACCAUUUUCCAUGCCACGCCCUACACACCACCACCUUUCCCCUUCAAUUGUAUUUUUGGAACUGGGAAGCCUGCAUAUGUGACCAUCAAGAUAGACAACAAGAAAGUAGCAAGGACAACCCAUGAACGCGACCGUGUUUGGAACCAAACCUUUCGAAUCCUCUGUGCUCAUCCGUCUGAUUCGACGAUUACCAUUACCAUGAAAACGAAAUGUUCCAUCUUGGGAAAAUUUCAAAUGCAGGCACAUGAGAUACUGAAUGAAGCAAGUUUUGUCAACAGUUUCCUCCCUCUGGUGAUCGAAAAUGGGAAGCCAAAUCCAGAGCUCAAGCUCCGGUUCAUGUUAUGGUUUAAGCCGGCUCAAUUUGAACCAACUUGGGGACAGAUGACUGCUGAUAAUGGUCAAUUCCAGGGGAUAAGGAAUGCAACAUUUCCACAAAGAUCCAAUAGUCAUGUCACGCUUUAUCAGGAUGCUCAUCAUUGCUCAACUUUCAAGCCUUCUUCGGAGCUUUGUGGGACUCCAAGAAGACUAUGGGAGGAUGUGUACAAAGCCAUUGAGGGGGCAAAGAAUUUGAUUUACAUUGCAGGCUGGUCUUUCAAUCCUAAGAUGGUUCUGGUUAGGGAUCCUCAAACAGACAUCCCGCAUGCGCGUGGAGUGAAGCUCGGUGAAUUACUAAAGCAGAAGGCUGAGGAAGGUGUGGCAGUGAGAAUAAUGCUUUGGGAUGAUGAAACAUCCUUGCCAAUUAUCAAGAACAAAGGAAUAAUGAGAACUCAUGAUGAAGAUGCAUUUUACUACUUUGCACACACCGAAGUAGUAUGCAGAUUGUGCCCUAGAUUGCACAAGAAGUUUCCCACAAUCUUCUCCCACCAUCAGAAAACCAUAACUGUGGACACCAAAUCCAGCACCAGUGCAAGUGACAGAGAAAUUAUGACCUUCAUUGGGGGCCUAGAUCUUUGUGAUGGGCGCUAUGACACAGAGCAACAUUCAUUAUUUCAUACACUCAACACAGAAUCUCACUGUUCUGAUUUCUACCAGACCAACAUUUCUGGGGCUAGCCUACAGAAAGGAGGGCCAAGAACUCCGUGGCAUGAUGCUCACGCUUGUGUAACCGGUGAGGCUGCUUGGGAUGUACUAACGAAUUUCGAGCAGCGGUGGGCUAAGCAAUGUGAUCCUUCUGUCUUGGUCCCUUCAAGCACCUUAACUAGUCUCAUUCAGCAGACUUAUGCAAGCAAACCAACAUCUGAGAGGGGUUGGAAUGUCCAAGUUCUUAGAUCAAUAGACCAUGUUUCAGCAAGCCAACUGUUUCGAAACUUAACCGUGGAGCAAAGCAUCCAUGAAGCUUAUGUCGAGGCAAUCAGGCGUGCCGAUAAGUUUCUGUACAUUGAGAACCAGUAUUUCAUUGGAGGGUGCCGUUUGUGGGAGAAAGAUCAGAACUGUGGUUGCAGAAAUUUGAUCCCCAUUGAGAUUGCUCUCAAAGUGGUCAAUAAGAUAAAAGCAAAGGAGAGAUUUGCAGUGUACAUAGUGAUACCGAUGUGGCCAGAAGGCUUACCUGAGAGUGAAUCUGUUCAAGACAUACUUCAUUGGACCAGAGAGACAAUGUCAAUGAUGUAUAGGUUGAUUGGAGAAGCCAUAAAAGAAAGUGGGGUUGAAGGGCACCCUAGAGACUAUUUGAACUUCUAUUGCCUUGCCAACAGAGAAGUAGAGAGCCAAGGAGAUUUUAUUCCUCCACGUUCUCCUCACCCAGCAACACAGUACUGGAAUGCACAGAAGCAUAGGAGGUUCAUGGUGUAUGUCCACUCCAAGCUCAUGAUAGUGGACGAUGCAUACCUUAUCAUAGGAUCUGCAAACAUAAACCAAAGAUCGAUGGACGGUCAUCGAGACACCGAGAUCGCAAUAGGAUGCUACCAGUCGAAAAAUGGUGACGACAAGACGAUGAUGAGCGCAGGAGGGGACAUUGAAGCAUACCGGAUGUCAUUAUGGUAUGAACACACUGGCCGUGCCGAAGAAUUGUUCAAGCAGCCCGAAAGCUUAGAAUGCGUGCAAACGGUGCGUUUAAUAGGAGAUCAAAUGUGGAAAACCUACAGUGGUGAAGAAGUGGUCGACAUGGAAGGUGUUCACCUUGUGACAUACCCCACGAAUGUAACAGCGGAAGGUCAUGUUGAAGAUCUUGUGGAGGGUAGUGGUGGUCUUUUUCCAGAUACGAAGUCUCUGGUGAAGGGCAAGAGAUCAAAAGUGAUACCACCAAUGUUUACUACCUAG